AUGCUGCCGGCGCAGCAGCUGCCAGCCAUCAGCCCCUGGCCUCCCGACGGCAACCUGCUGGACCGCAUGGACGACCUGGCGCACAAAGGUCACAGCGGUGUUAACCAGCUCGGCGGGGUGUUUGUAGGAGGGAGGCCGCUGCCAGACUCCACGCGGCAGAAGAUCGUGGAGCUGGCGCACUCGGGGGCGCGGCCCUGCGACAUCAGCCGCAUCCUCCAGGUCUCCAACGGCUGCGUCUCCAAGAUCCUCGGCAGGUACUACGAGACGGGGUCCAUUAGACCCCGCGCGAUAGGAGGCUCGAAGCCCCGCGUGGCCACCGCGGAGGUGGUCAGCAAGAUAGCUCAGUACAAGAGGGAGUGUCCCUCCAUCUUCGCGUGGGAGAUCAGAGACCGCCUGCUCAGUGAAGGAGUCUGCACGUCUGAUAAUAUACCUAGUGUCUCCUCCAUCAACCGGGUGCUCCGCAACCUAGCAGCCCAAAAGGAGAAAGCGAACAACCAGCAACCGUCUCCCGACUGCUCAACACCUGUUUACGAGCGGCUCCGACUCCUGGGGGCUCCAGGCGCGACCCCGGCGUGGCCAAGAGCACCCUGGCCAGCGCAGAUUGACGCUAGGACUCCACCCUACCAGCUACAUAGUUUGAGCCCAGGACCUCAGGCUAUCAGCUGCAACGGAGGGGAUAUGACGGCGAUGAAGAAAAACGAGGAGCCACUGGAAGGUUUAGAAGGGCUGCACUCAGACGAGACGGGCUCCGGAGACAACUCGAAUGCUGGCUCCAGCGGGGCUGAUGAUGACGCGGCGCGGCUCCGACUCAAGCGCAAGCUGCAGAGGAACCGCACCAGCUUCACUAAUGAGCAGAUUGAUAGCUUGGAGAGAGAAUUUGAAAGAACUCACUAUCCAGACGUUUUCGCUCGCGAGAGACUUGCCGCCAAAAUAGGGCUGCCCGAAGCUAGAAUACAGGUGUGGUUCUCGAAUCGGCGCGCGAAGUGGCGGCGCGAGGAGAAGAUCAGGUCGCAGCGACGCAGCCCCGAGUGCGGGUACAGUGCGGGGCCCCAUGCUCCCGCGCAUCCCGCCCCGCCCACGCAUCCCGCGCAUCCCACGCAUCCCGCGCAUCCUGCACACCAGCCGUACCAGCCGCCGCUCAAUGUUGAUACUUACAGCCCGCUAACCCCCAUGGGUUAUGGCGGCGGCAUGGUACCGGAGACGCCAGUAUGCGACACGACGGAGGCCGAGCUGUGCAAGAGCGGCUUCCUCGGGUACCCGCGCUACGAGCUGGGCUACCGGCAGCCCCCGCAUCCGUAUGUCAACCAUCACGGGUACCAGCAUGAGCCCGCGUCGCCGCCACCAGAGCUAGGCGGUCUCUUAGGCACAGGAGUGUCAGUGCCCCUCGCAGUGCCGGGACAAGACACGCAGCAAUACUGGUCGCGACUCCAGUGACCCUGGUGGAACUAGCCGAGCACACAACUGUACUCACAUGCUACUGCUAUCUGAUGGGAGGGGCGGCCAUUUUGGGAAUUGAGCUUUUAGUAGCCAGAGCUUAUUUUUUAAUGGCUUCUCGGAGCCUAGGCUCCUAGGAGAAUGUUUAUUGGGUAACCAGAUCCCUGUGGAAUGAGAAUGCCUAGAAGAAUGUCCUCCAGCCAAAAACAACUGCGAAGCGGACCGUAGUUUUUAAACUCCCUAUAGAAUAUCUUUCUCCGCUCUAAGGUACUACUGUGUGAGCGGAGACUAGGCGAAUAACUAAAUUCACUGAAAAGAAUGAAAGAUUACAUAUAACUAUUUUAAAGAGGAUGGUAUAUACUUUCUUUAAGGGUUCCUUAUUGGUUAAAUAAGCCCGACUACCUCCUACCAACACAUCAUAUAUUAUUGUUUCAUUUGGCUGGUAUAGUGGUAU